CAAUGCAAUUCGCUGCAUCCGCCAUUUUUAUGCGAGAAAGGAAAGGGAAGUUGUCAAGAGUUCAAGUAAAUCACAAUUUGCUUGCUUCCUGUUCGUUCUGGUAACCGCCCAAAAGAAGGAGAAUUACGAGAACAAAAAGGCAGACGAGUCGAGGACUGAAGGACAGCGGUGUCAGUUGCAGUCCGGUAGCAGCAGCAUCAUGGCAGCCAAAGGAAAGGCGCAGCAGCCGGCCGUCAUCCACAAAGUCAUCAUGGUGGGGAGCGGUGGUGUUGGAAAGUCGGCACUUACAUUACAAUUUAUGUAUGAUGAGUUUGUAGAAGAUUAUGAACCAACAAAAGCAGAUUCAUAUAGGAAGAAAGUAGUUCUGGACGGUGAAGAUGUACAAAUAGACAUUUUAGACACAGCGGGCCAAGAAGACUAUGCUGCCAUUAGAGAUAACUAUUUCCGUAGUGGCGAAGGCUUCUUAUGUGUGUUCUCCAUAACUGAGCAAGAGUCUUUUCAGGCGACAGCAGAAUUCAGGGAACAGAUCUUACGAGUGAAAAGUGAUGAAAACAUCCCAUUUUUAUUGGUCGGAAACAAAGCAGAUUUAGAAGACAAAAGACAGGUCUCUAUCGAAGAGGCGACACAACGAGCCCAACAGUGGAAUGUGCAGUAUGUCGAGACCUCUGCCAAAACACGAGCAAAUGUAGAUAAGGUGUUCUUUGACUUGAUGCGUGCAAUCCGAUCUAGAAAGAUGGAAAAUGCCAAGCAAAGUAAUGGCAAGAAAAACAAAAAGGACAAGAAAAAGAAAUGUAUUAUUCUCUGAUUAAGCAAAAUCACCAAGACUUGCACCUUUUACAAACAGCUUAUCAAGCUGCGACCAUAUAUGGUCAUGUAUAUAGUACUAUUAUUGUAUGGUCAUUUACGAAUUAAGUUGUUACCUUAUAUAGUCGUGUAGUCUUUUAACAGUUAAGCAGCCUUUUUUAGUGCUGUCAAACAAUUUUUUUUUCAUUUAAUUUUAUUUUUACAAGUGUUGUAAAAUGUGGUAACUGAGGGAAGAAAAGAAGUUGCAUCUUUAUUGUGCAACAGUAAGAGUAUUGAAGCUGUCAGUCUUUGGCCUAAGAAUUUUACGUAGGGGUUUCUUCCUGUGCUGUUUAAUUGUACAAGGGGAAAUGCUCAAAGGCAACAAGUAGGUUUAGAUCUUUAUGAAAAAAAAGUUACUUGGUUCCGAAAAUUUUCAACAUUUUUUUCCUUAUCCACCAAGGUAUCGAGUAACAUGUUCUCGGAAAUAUGAUCCAAUGAAUAUAUGCCAUUUUUUAGUUCUGAGUGUGUAUGGUUUAUUUAUUUAUUUAUUUAUUUAUUUAUUUAUUUAUUUAUUUAAUUUUAAGUCUGCAAAUGGAGGUAAAGAAUGGGGACUAAAUCAUGAUCAUGUAUGGUAACAAUUAUAAAUUUAAAACUUGAAUGGGCUGACAGGUGAUAAUUUUGUCAGUGGCGGUGGGUGAGAUGUACCUUGUUUAUGAAGGGAAAAUUGCUUAAAUUCGUAGGAUUUUUAUUUUUUGUAUGUUCAUUUUAUUUUAAAUGAAUUGAUUUAUUUCGUUUGUUUGUUAUUUUUAUUUAAUUAUUGGUUACUUUGAUUUGAUUCUGCUCAAGAAUACUGUACAAGAAUAUUUGUGAAAAUUGACUAGAUGAUUUUUUUCCUGUCAACUGCCUUUUGACUUUCUUGCUUGAUAAAAACCUUAUUUCUUAUAAAAUUAUUACAGCAAUGUCUUGAAGUGAAUUAAUUCCUAUUGAUAAUGUACUUUAGUUUUGGAGCAAAGCAUAUAGAAUUGUUGUUGUGACUGUUUUAAAUGACUGAUCCAGUUAUUAAGGUGUAGGGGAUGUGUCGCUAGACAAAAAAAUGGUAAAAAUUAAGGGAAACAAUUUCAUGGUCUUCUGGUCAUCAUGUCAUAUUGGGAGACUUUAUUCCCAACUUUCGUUAAAAUUGUUUCUUUACUGCAAAUUUGAGAUAUUUACUGGUGAUAUUUCUCGACUUGGUUUGCUUUGAUACGAAGAAUUGCCCCCCAUUCCCCAUCUCUUAAGAUAAUGGCUACAUAAUAGUGUGAUAUGUUCAAUUAUUAUUAUUAUUAUUAUUAUUAUUAUUCAUUUUUUGUUUAUCUUUGUAUUGGUUGAAUGUGUUGAGGUUUGAUAAGGGUAGAUGUAUGUAUUUCUUCCGCGCAGAUGUUCUGGUAUCGGGAGGUGAUAUCAUUUUUACAUUACACACAAACAGGUGAACCAUGCUUUAUUUUGAGUUGAUUUAAAUGAAUAAAUAAGAUGAUAACUAUUCAUUUAUGGAUAUAUAGAUUGACAUUUAUUUAUUGAUUUAUUCAUAUGAGUAAAUAGGUAAAUAUAUGUUAAUUUAUGCAUUGAUAAAUGUAUAUUUAUUGAUUAAUUUAGUCAAGUCAGUAUCAAAGAUUGGAUGUGUCCCGUGUGCUAACUUGUAAGCUAAAGUUGAACUUGUAUUUUUUGGGUAGGGAGGGAGGUAGGGGAAUAAGGAAAGACAAUGUGAACACAUUUGCAAUUUUUUUUAUUAAAUUGCUUUGAAAAAAUCAUAAAUGUAGCUAUUUUGAUCCCUGGAUCUUCCUGACAGAAAUAAAGUGACAUGUUUUGUAA